UCUAGCCAAAAGAGAGAUAAAAUAAGAACUGAAGAAAUGAUUGUCAUCCACUAUGACUAUGAACAAGAGAAUCUGAGAAAGUUAAAGUGAAAGCUUAUCCGACUGAUAAAUUUUGCUUGGUUGUCCGAAGAGAUAGAGAAGAAAGUUACAGGAGAGGCUAAUUACAGAGGUGACUAUAGUGCUAGAUCUUAAUCACUUUUUUACAUCAUGAUCAUGGCCAUCAUCAUCAAAGUCUCUUUAGUGCUUUCCUCCUCCAUUGAUCCUAAAACACAGUCCUGUUGGUACAAGAAUUGUUUUUGUUCUUCUUUACUGCCCAAAAUUUGAAGCGAUCACUGGUUUUUGAAACAAGAAGGACACUGAAGAAGAAUCUCCGGAGGUGUAUUUGAAUUUAUUUUUUAAAAAAAAAAAUGGUGGAAGGAGGCGCUGUGAAAGCAGACAAAACAGAAUUCACAGAAUGUUGGAGAACAGUUUGGAGGACUCCUUAUAUCAUGCAGCUUGCUCUCACUGCUGGUAUUGGAGGACUUUUGUUCGGAUAUGAUACAGGGAAUAUUUCUGGCGCCCUUCUUUACAUAAGAGAUGACUUUGAAGAAGUUGACAAGAAAACAUGGUUACAGGAAACUAUAGUCAGUAUGACUGUGGCAGGAGCUAUUAUUGGGGCAGGAUUUGGUGGAUGGCUCAAUGACAGUUUCGGAAGGAAAAAAUCGAUUCUACUUGCUGAUGUAGUGUUUUUGAAAGGUGCAAUAGUCAUGGCUGUUGCUCCUGCUCCUUGGGUUAUCAUUAUUGGAAGAAUUAUGGUUGGUUUGGGAGUUGGAAUGGCUUCCAUGACUGCACCUCUUUAUAUCUCAGAAGCUUCUCCUGCUAGAAUCAGAGGUGCUCUUGUUAGCACAAACGGUCUGCUCAUCACUAGUGGACAGUUCCUGGCUUAUGUCGUUAAUUACGCCUUGAGCUCGGUGAAGUCGCAAUGGCGAUGGAUGCUCGGGUUAGCAGCAGUUCCAGCAGGACUUCAAAUUGUGCUCAUGUUAAUGCUUCCAGAGUCUCCUAGAUGGCUCUAUAGAAAGAACAAGGUAGAUGAGGCCAGGGCAAUCUUGGAGAGAAUAUACUCUGCUGAUGAAGUUGAGGAUGAAAUCAAUGCACUAGAGAUAUCUAUUGCAAAUGAAAAGGCCUUGGAAGCAUCCAUAGGAGAUACAUUAGGGGCUAAACUGAAGGGUGCUUUGAGCAACGUUGUCGUCCGAAGGGGACUCUAUGCUGGAAUUGCCUGUCAAGUGACUCAACAGUUUGUGGGAAUUAACACUGUCAUGUAUUAUGCUCCCACCAUUGUUCAGUUCGCAGGAUUUGCCUCAAAGAAGACGGCUUUAGCACUUUCGCUCAUCACGUCUGGAAUAAACGCGUUGGGCUCCCUUAUCAGUAUGGCUUUUGUUGAUAGAUAUGGGAGGAGAAGGUUAAUGAUGAUUUCACUAGUUGGAAUCAUCACUUGCCUAAUCGCCACAGCUGUUACGUUCUUAGAGGCUUCACAUCAUGCUCCUGGGAUUAGUCCAAUGGAGAACAGACACUUCGGAGCAAAUGCUACUUGUUCAGAUUUCAUGGCAGCUGGAGAUUCAUAUAAAUGGGAUUGCAUGUCAUGUGUUGAAGCAAAAUGCGGAUUCUGCAGUAAUGCAGUGAACAAAUAUCAACCAGGAGCGUGCUUGGCUAACACCAAACAGUUAGGCCGAGAUUGUCGGGGAGAGGAUCGGACAUGGUUUGAAAAGGGUUGUCCGAGCGAAAUCGGAUUCCUGGCAGUGAUCUUCUUAGGUUUGUAUAUAAUCUCAUACUCUCCGGGAAUGGGAACUGUACCAUGGAUUGUCAACUCAGAGAUAUACCCAUUGAGAUACAGAGGACUUGGUGGAGGCAUAGCAGCUGUGGCUAACUGGGUUUCCAAUCUGAUAGUGAGUCAGACAUUUUUGACCAUCCAAGAAUCACUUGGUUCUUUUGGUGCUUUCAUGUUGUUUGCUGGGUUUUCUUGUGUUGGACUUGUAGCCAUCUUCUUGUUAGUACCUGAAACCAAGGGAUUGCGUUUCGAAGAGAUCGAGAAGGUGCUCGAGAAAGGUUACAGACCGGUUACACUGAAGAGCAAAGCAAAGAAUGCCGGUGGUUUUUCUGUCUAAACCCAGAAAGCAUUUUCUGUUUGAAUGAAAUGCAAAAGCUUGGUUAUUUGUUCUUGCAAUAAGUAGUUUUUGUUUAAGACUGGAAACAUUGUUGAGCUGUGAUUUCAUAGUUUCUGUCAUUUUCGGAGUCAUAUUGCCUUGUGAUGAAACAAAGUUGUGUCAGAACACCCUCCCCUGAAA